AUGCGCGCUCAUAAUGCGCUGUCCGGACUCAAGCCCCAUAAAAAAAAGAUCAAUGCGGCGCCACCAAUUUACGAUCUUGGCUGGUAUUACAUCGAAGCAAGAAUGCAGGGCAAGAAGGCGCCUAUCGGAUUGCUGCGUAACAUCAAAGAAUAUAAGCUCAAGCACACUGGAGAUGGGGAUGUGGUUCCUGUGGUCUGCUCCUGGAAGCUGUGCACAGAAGGCCCCGAGACCGGCGAAAAGAAGUUUGGCAAGUGCGCGCUCUGUCAGAUCGCCCGUUACUGCAGCAAGGAGCAUCAGAAGCUGCACUGGCCGUCGCACAAGAUCCACUGCCAGGCUAGUCGAGCAAGGACAUUUGAUUCGUGA